CCCAGCUCUGGUUCCGCGCAGUCUCCUGGAAUGAUUUGCCGUCUCUAUGGCAACCCAGUAGCUGGCGUCUGAAGAUGGAGACCGCUGAGUCUACCGAGGGAUCACAGUCACGAUGUUUAGAUGUACAGCCCAGCUGCGAAGGACUAGGGUCUAUUUCGGAUCCCUUUCCUUCUUGGGAUGGCCGUCAUAGGUCAGCCCUGGAAGCUGCAACCGCAGAAGCUUCAGCAGCUGCUGCAGCCACUGCAGCCGCCUCCACUAUCAAAGCAGCUGCAUUAUCUACAAAGACCCCAGCGCCCUGCUCUGAACGGAGCCUUCUCAUGGAGCCCUCCUCUGAAAGUCUUCUUGGGGAGCGCUACACUGGACCCAGAUUUACCCACAAGAUAGGCCACGGGAGACUUGGCUUUGAGCCUGUCUCUGUUUCCCAUAUUGCUUCGAAUCCCUAUACUGCAAAUGACCUUAGCUCUAGCCCUGGUCUUGGCUUCAGCUCUGGCCCUGGUCCUGGCUCCAUUUCUGGUCCUGGCAGUGGCUCUGGUCAAGGUCCUGGCAACGGCUCUGGUCGAGGCACGGGUCCUGGUCCUGCCGCUGAUUCUAGGCAUAGGCCAGGCUCUGGCCAGGGCCCUGGUUUCAGCUCCUCUGCUCCUUCAGGCUUCAUAAAACCCAGGGCAGAUCUGCUCCCUAAUUAUGCCUCCUGGAGUCACCACAGCCACUGGGAGCCUCAGAAACAACCCUGGAAAUUUUUGAAAGUCUCAGAACCUGGUGCCCGAGGGCUCUGGAAGCCCCCUGAGGUUGAAGGGACAAGUAAGGUUCUCAAUGAAACACUGCCACGGGGCCAGUGCCUUCUCUACAACUGGGAGGAGGAGAGAGCCACCAACCACCUGGAUCAAGUCCCAAGCAUGCAGGAUGGCUCUGAGAGUUUCUUUUUCCGACAUGGACACCGGGGACUGCUGACCCUGGAGCCACAGUCACCCAUGUGCUCCAGCACCACCCAGAAAGAUUCAUACCAGCCCCCAGGAAACCACUCUCAGCCAAUUCGAGGGAAACGUGAAGCCAUGCUGGAGAUGUUCUUGCACCACCAGAUCUGUAAAGAGGUGCAGGCAGAGCAGGAACCCACAAGGAAGGACUCUGAGGUCGAGUCUGUGACACACCGCGACUAUGGAAAGGAGCUGGUGCAAUCAGGGCCUCCUGCCCCAACAAAGCCUCACGACUACCCUAAGGAACAGCCUGAAACCUUCUGGCUACAGAGGGCACCACAGCUACCGGGUGUCAGUAACAUCAGGACUCUGGACACGCCAUUCCGGAAGAACUGCAGCUUCUCAACACCAGUGCCUUUGUCUCUAGGGCAGCCCUUGCCCUAUGAACCCGAGAAUUAUUCCCACCAAUUGGGAAAAAUAUCUUCCCUUGGCUGUCAGGGAGGGGCGGGUGGUGGAGGGAGGGGUAGAACUACUCCUGUCUAAGGGUCGAGGAGGGAAGUAGAUGUGGAAUAUGGAAUCUCCUUCUGUCUGUACUGAAGAGAUGGGGAGGAAGUGUACUUGGUGAAGGGGCUCUUUACAUAAAAAGGGUUCUCUCUCAUCCUGAGACUGCUCAUUCAGUGAUUCUGUGAGUUACCGUGUCCAUACCCCAUAACCUUUCCUUGGAGUUGCCCCUAACACAGAUUAUGUCACCAUGACUGGUUUUGUUUGUUUUAUAUUUGGCCAAAAUAUUCUGGUUUAGAUACAGAUAUUUACAGAAGGUAGGGAGGAAAGGAACCAGGCCAGAGAGGAACAGGUAUAUGUACAAGGCUGGGCUGCAAAGGACAGCAACUUCCAUAUAAGUUGGGGGUUUUGUGCAUGUUGGUUUCCAUCUCAUGUGACAAUGUCCACUUCUGCUAUGUGGAGAGAUGAUGGCCACUGCCCACCCGGGUACCAGCAGCAGGGGAUUGUCUGACUUGGGAAGAAGUGGGGUUUACAGGAGCCCAGCAGGUCCUUUCUGCUCUCCUAGGAGCCAGUAAGUUCGCAUCUUGCCUUUUCCCUGGAAGCGGAGAAGUAGAGAUAAUUCAGAUUC